UACGGUUACAGACCUGGGGCUAGAAAAAUCGAAAAUAAGGACAUUUCAGGUCCAUGCUGAUGCUUCGUCACUGUGGCUGAGACACUUUGUCACUGAGUCUCCUAGUUCAUGCAGAAACAGGAGCAGGUCAAGGAAACAUUAGAGCCUGGACUGCCCCCACUCCAAAAGAUGAGAGCCAAAGCAGGACCAUUCUACCAGCCCUGCUGAAAAAAUAAUUUUUCCUUUUCCCUCCUUACUCCCUUUUCCUUGUGUGCUGAGCCUUUUUGGGUUAUUUUACUGAUUGUGAAUCUCUCCAGAAUACUUUUUUAAAGAUAAGCAACAGAAUAAGAAUACUUUAAUAAAUAAUAUUUAGAAGUAGAACUUCCCCCAGUUAAAGAUUUGUUGGCAUGCAUUCACCAUUUAGGGCAUGCAUUAUGCCCUAAAAUAAGCAGCAGGAAAAGGAGCUUAGGAGAGAGUUUGCAAACUUGCCUGACCCCUGUUAAAGAAGUCUAUGUGAGAUUUACAAUCCAAAAGUGGUACAAAAUACAUUGUUUCAUAAAACUGUUUUAACACUGGCAUAGCCCAGGUAAUGGAACAAGGUACUGUGUCAGCAACAUCUCCCUCCAGCAAAGUAUUCUGAUUUUUUUACAAGCUUCUAAGCCAGGGCUGGGAGUAUUCUGUGACUAUACCACACAAGCACAGGAUUUAUUAAUCAUCACAAAAUGCAGCCUCCUGAGAAUCCUGGCUUUCACAGCAAGUUUCUACUCCCUUAUGACUGCAGCGUUAGAGAGUCAUAGAAUGAGCCAUCCUGGAUCAGACCAAUGGCCUAUUUAAUCCAGCGUUCUAUUUACAUAAUGGUCAUCCACAAGCCCACAGCAGUAGCACCUUGCAGCUUGUGUUCCCCAGCAGCUGAUAUAUACAGGCAUAGGCCCUCUGAUAUCAGAGGCAAUAUAGAACCAUCUUGACUAGUAGCCUUUGAUUACCUUAUCCACCAUGAUUUUGUGUAAUCCCUUUUAAAAACUGAUGGACAUCUGGUAAAAGUAUGGACAGUAACUAGCAUUAGAAGCCAGAUGAGAAAGCAAGGAAGAUUUUUAAAUAAUUGCAGGCCAUUUGUCUUGACACAAAAUUCAGAUUUCAGUGGAGGAGGAGAUUUAUUAAUUUUAUUAAAUUUAUAUAAUAUAAUAUAAUAAAUAAUUAUUUAUUAAAUUCAGAGUGCCAACAGCUUUAGGUGUAGUCAGCCUUAAUAAGCAUUCAAGUACAUUCUUAGUGGGAGAAAUCUAUAAAGAUAAGCCUGCCUCUGCUACUGUGCCACUUUUAUUAGAGUCAACAGCAUGCCCCAUCAGUCCUCAGUAAUAACACCACUGAACUUUAAACCAUGUGAAGCUUGUUAUCAGAAAAAAAAUGAGAUGAAAAAUAUGUGUCAUGCUGCCGGGUGGAGGGAGUUGCCUUUUUCCACAAAAAUGGCAACAUUUUCCAAAUAAUGUUUUCUAAAUAAGCUGUAAGACCACCACACCCUCCAUUACUGAAUCUGUCGUCUGAGAGAAAAGCACAGGAAGACAUUAAUCAUUCCAAUGCUUUCAUCAAUGGUCAGCAUAAAUUCAGGAAUAGUGCAGAAUAAUAAUUCUCAUAUGUGUAAUGGAGAAACACUUGGGUGUCCCAGUAUAAAUACCAGGAUUCUCUGUGCUGGUGUUACUAAUUGCUCUGGUCGUGUUAACUUCCAAUCAGCCUCCUGUUGAGAUAUGCACUUCUCUUUUUUGCAUCUGGCAUGAUUGGAACAUUUAAUCACCUCCAGUACUUGAACUGAACAGAAUUACUUGCCUACUGGUAGCUUCCUGCUGUCUCACUCUGCAGACCAUUUUUGCUGUUUCACGUACUAAAAGCAAACCAUUUCAGGAUUAAGAAUGAGGUCUUCCCUCAGUUUGAAUAAAGAAAAGGUAUGUCAUGGCUUUUCAGGAUGUAGGAAACGUGUGGAGAAAAAUAAACAUUCUGAAACCACAGUCAUAGCUUCCAUAAGCAUGAACUUAGCGAAAAUUAUGGCUGCUUCAUACAUGCCCACCAGUUGAGGAAGCAGCAUCAAGGGAUGAUUUGCCUGUGUGAAUCAAGCACCAGGAACAUGGCAUCACAGAAUUUUUUCAUCACUUCAGACCCAGAACUUUCUGACCAAUGCAGUUUCUACAUUCAUUGCAUGCAUUGCAGCUCCAACCAGGUGACAGGAACUGCCUUGUUGCUCGUUCAAAAUGCUACCUAAGACUUGGAGAUACAGAAAAUGCCUUGAAGGAUGCAGAAGCCUCCUUAAUACCUGAUAAAGCGUUUACCAAGGGACUAUACCAGAAAGCAGAAGCCUUGUACACCAUGGGGGACUUUGAAUUUGCCUUGGUCUUUUACCAUCGAGGCCACAAACUCCGCCCAGAGUUGCAGAAAUUCAGAUUGGGCAUUCAGAAAUCUCAGGAGGCAAUUGAAAAUUCUGUUGGAAGCCCAUCUUCUGUGAAACUUGAGAAUAAAGGGGACCUCUACUUUCUGAGUCGCCAGGCAGAGAGUAAAAGAGCAAAACAGAAACUUCAGAUCAAGUAUCCCAAAAAGGAUGCAAAGUACUUAAGUAAACAACAAGAACCCAUGAGGAAUGAGAAGACAGAACGACAGCUGUUAGGGGAACUCUAUGUUGACAAGGCAUUUUUGGAGAAAUUGCUCAAGGAUGAAGACUUGACUAAAAGCACUACAAAGCAAGGAGUAACUGUUGGAGACCUGAUCCAGGAAGGACUUUCCUAUCUGGACACCCGCACAGAUUUCUGGCAGCAGCAGAAGCCAAUUUAUGCCCGAAUCAGAGACCGCAAACUCAUGCUGAAAAGAUGGACCCGAGAUCAAAAACGAAAGCCCUCGGAGGUGGCCAGAUACAUCCUAAAGAGCAUGGAGGACAUUGAUAUGUUGUUGACCAGUGGCUGUCCUGAAAGAAGUUGCCAGAAAGCUGAGCGAGUUCUCAAAAAGAUCCAAGGCUGGUCUGAUGAUGAGAUCCCCAACAGGAAUGAGCUGGUUGGAAAUAUCUACAGUUGCAUUGGAAAUGCUCAGAUUGAAAUGGGGAACAUGGGGGCAGCUUUGCAGAGUCACCGGGUGGAUCUGGACAUUGCCAGAGAAAACAACCUGACUGAUGCCAUCUCCAGAGCUCUUGACAAUAUUGGCCGAGUGUAUGCCCGCAUGGGACACUACCAGGAAGCCAUUGAAACCUGGGAAGAGAAAAUUCCUCUUGUAAAGAGCAAUUUGGAGAAGACUUGGUUGUUCCAUGAAAUUGGCAGAUGCUACUUGGAGCUCAAUAAUGCAAAUAAGGCUCGGGACUAUGGCGAGAAGUCCCUGCAGUGCGCAGAGGAGGAGGGAGACAUUGAGUGGCAACUCAAUGGUGGUGUGUUGGUGGCACAAGCACAAGUGAAACUGGAGGAUUUCCAGUCGGCAGUCACAUACUUUGAAAAGGCUCUGGAAAAGGCAAAACGCAUCCAUAAUGAUGCAGCUCAGCAGGCAAUAAUAAUUGCCCUGGAUGAAGCCAACAAAGGAUUCAUUAAAGAGUUGAAAGAGGAACAGAGACGAGAGAGGAUGCAUGAACUGAGAGAGUUUGAAGAAGAGGAAGAAGAGGAGGAAGAGGAGGAAGAAGAGGAAAAGAGCAAAAGGGAUGCAGACAAUGCAAAAACAGAAGAGGAAGACACAGGGGAAACAAAGGAAAAGGAGGAGUCUGAGAAAACUGAAUCUGAUGGAGAGAAACAGGUAUCAGAUACAGAGGGAGGAGACACGCUUACUUCUGAGGAUGGGGAUGAGCAAGAGAUAGAGGGAGGAGACAAACAAGGAGAAAUUGGGCAGGAAGGAAUGACACAAGGUGAAUCUGGAGGAGAAACUGAGAGAACAGAACAAGAGAAUGACACAGAAAAGCAGAGUGAAGACAUUCCUGGAUGAAGUCCAUAAACAUUUUUAAGCCUGGAAUUGUCGUUGCCAUUGUCAUUUAUUUCACUCCAAAAUAUUUUCUCUCCAGAUUAUUUCUAGUGUUUUGUAGGACAUUCAAAAAGAACCACAUUGCUUCUGAAUAUUUUUAAAGGGAGAAUCCAAGAAUGUAGUAAAUGUGGUAAUUUUAUGCAAGACAUUCCAAAAGCCCACUGGUUGGCUAGGUACUGGAAAUAAAAUGGAACUGCUCUAACCAUUAAAGAUUCUUCAAAUGCUA